AUGCUUCGCGUCUCGCUGGUCGCCUUUGCCGUCGCCGCCACCAUCGGGGCGCCCGUCCAGAGUGCCGGAACCAGCUCCGACGUCCGCAAAAUCCUAUCGAAAAAUUCAACCAAGAUCGACACCGCACACGACAACAUCAAAGACCCGGACGCUCUCCAACGUGGCCGCGCACUCGUGAACGGAUGCAGUUGCGUCACACAAGGGACGUGCAACACGUUUGUAUGCCCGUCUGGGUAUCUCCACAGGGAGAACGCCGCGCAGCUCUUCUGCGACGAUGUGGCGUGCAUCAAUACAAACUACAACACAUGCUGCGUGUCCGCCGCGCUGUGCAACACGAUGGCAUGCCCGUCUGGGUAUCGCCUCAGAGAGAACGCCGCGCAGCUCUUCUGCGACGAUGUGGCGUGCAUCGAUACAGACUACAACACAUGCUGCGUGUUCGACGGCCCGCCACCCACCCUGGCAUGCCCGUCUGGGUCACGCCUCAGAGAGAACGCCGCGCAGCUCUUCGACUACAACACAUUCUGUGCGUUCGAAGGCACCUGCGCGAGUUACUCCUGCCCAACAGGUUUGGAGCUCAAGCCCAACGCGGAUGAUCUUUGGUGCGCAAGCUCUAUGUGCACCGAUAUGGAUGUCGAUGAGUGCUGUCAGUACUCGUAA